GCCCACAUUUAACAAAGACCUGCCCCUUUUCAGGAGGAUCUCUCCGCCGCCAUCGUUACUUUACCUGUAAUCAUUACUAAAUAGGAUUACGCUACUUUUAUCAAAUAUCGAAACCUCUGUUUUCAACGGCACAGUGUCCGAAAUGGAAGUGGUUCAAAAUGAGGCCACCACCGAAACCAAAACGGCAAUAAAUUCUUGGCGUUACCGCCACCAUUUCACGUACAAGGCAGACCAAGGAAAAAAUAUCAUCGUUCAAUGUAAUCUAUGCCUUCCGAAGGUUAACCUCUUAUCCACAUCGAAGACAUCCACUUCAAAUCUAAAGAAGCACUUAGACAGAACACAUUUGGGCUGUGAUGCCAGGCCUGAUGCCAAGAGAGCAAGGAGAGACGAAAGCUCCCACUGCCAACUCAAAAAAAUAAAAGCAGAAAUCCUCUCUAAAUGUUUGACUCAAACACGGAUUGAUGAUCUUAUCUUUGACUUUGUUGUAGAGGACUGUCAGUCCUUUUAUCUUCUGGAACAACCUGGCUUCAAAAAACUAAUUGCAGGCUUAAGUGAGGGGCUUAAGGUUACAGACAGAGUUACUUUAUUCACAAAGGUUGACCUGGCUUUCUCCAAAAUGCGUGAGGAGGUGAUGUCAAAACUCACCAACAUCCAGUAUGUUUGCACCACUGCAGACAUCUGGACAGCUAAUAGUGAGAGCUUUCUGGGAAUGACCUGCCACUGGAUUGACCCCAAUUCCCUGGAGAGGAAGUCUGCAGCACUGGGUUUUGCCAGGCUUCAGGGCAGAGUAACUUAUGAGACCAUUGCUGGACGAAUACAUGACAUCCACCUUGCAUACAAUAUUGAAGGCAAAGUACAGACAACAUUUACUGACAAUGGCAGCCCUUUUAUCAGUGUUUUCAAGGAGUUUGGUCUAAAUAACCAAGAGAAGGAUGACAUUGGACACUUUGAGAAUGUAAGUGCUGUUCUUGAUGGUGAGCCAGAGCAGGACAUGCUGCUGUUCCUGCCUCCUGUCCAACGCUGCGCCUCUCAUACUCUGGAGCACAUUGUCACAGAGGACUUUUGGCGGGCUAUAUCACAGGGCCCCAUGUGUCAGCUACAUUACAGUGCCAUGUCCAAGCUGUACAGCAUAUGGAAUAAAUGUCAUCACAUACAAGUGGGCAUGGGCUGUGCAGAGGAGAUCGGCAGGAUGGCACUAGUUGUUCCCAAUGUCAUCCGCUGGAAUGUGGAGUAUUGUGCUAUUCAGAAGAUUGUCUCACUCAGUGAGCGUGAGCUAACAGAGCUGUGUGCACGUCUUGAGGUCCAGCGAUUGCAGCCAGAGGAGAUGGCCUUCCUCAAAGAAUAUGUGACCGUAUUCCACCCACUUGCUUUUGCGCUUGAACUUUUUCAAGCGGAACAGAAAUGCUAUUUUGGUCUAGUCAUUCCAACUGUCCUCAGCCUUAAGACAAAGCUGAAUGAGCAUAAAGAUGCAGCAAACUACCUUGGUGAUGUUAUAAAUGCUAUUGUUGUGGCCAUUGAUAUGCGCUUCCAAGAGUUGUUUUCUAGCACAGAGGCAAAGAUUGCAACUGCAACAACUCCGCAGUUUCGACUUUGGUGGAUGGCAGCAUCUGAGAGAGAAGAGAUGUGCUCUAUGCUCGCUUCAAUGGCAUCUCAAGUAGAUCUAAGUGUGGUUACAGAUGGUGCAAGUACUGAAACCCUGCCUACCAUUCAGUCGGAGGAUGACUUCUUUAACUAUGGGCCUGUGAAGCCGCCAGUGCAAGUGCAGUCACGGACUGUGACAGAGGAGAUUAAGAAAUAUGUUGAAGGAACAGGAAAGACCCUGGAGUGUCUACAGGACUUUCCCAGAGUCAAGCAGCUAUUUCUCAAGUACAACACAAUGCUGCCCUCCACAGCACCAGUGCAGCGCCUCUUCAGUCAGAAGGGCAAUCUCGUUAAUUGUCAGAGAAACGUUCUCACUGAUGGCUAUUUUGAACGUAUUCAGCUCUUGAAAUACAAUGGUCAUCUGUACACAGCCACCACCAAGUAAAUCACUUUAUUAUUCAUGAUAACUGUUUUUCAUUUGCAGGAUCAAAUGUGUCAUGGACAUAUCACCAAAGUAAACCCUACAAACUGUCUUGUUUCAGUACUACAAAAUGUUCAGUUCAGUAAUUGCCUUCUUGUAUAUAGAAUAUGUAAGUGACAAUCGUAAGCAAAAAAGGAAGAAAAAAAUGGCAUACAUUAAGACAACUAUUCUGUCAUUGUGAUUUGAGGUAGUCACAGGGUUUAACUCAAGUGAUUGUGUCUGAUGAUUUUUUUUCUACAGCUGUUGUAUGCAAAUGCACCUUCACUUAUAUUUUUUAUUAUGUAUAAAAUAUGACUGAACACUCA